AAUGCUAACUUCUCUCUUUGUUGUAAUUUGGUAGUUGAAUAAAUAUUUUGCUUUGCUGUUUGAUGUCGGUAAAGAUUCCUCUUCAGUACCUAUAUAGUUUGUACUGUGAUAGGUGAUUUUGUAGUUUAUUUGUUGUAGGUAAAUUUUCCUUUUUUAGUACGUCUGAUUUGUAUUUUCACCAGCUUCACUUUAGUUUUGUAUUUGAUUGUUUCACUUUUAAUUCCCUACGUUUCUAUCUAUGAUAAAGCUCACAUUCUGGGGCUCAGAGAAAGGUUCUCUACAUUACGUAAAUAGUUUGCAAUCCGUAAAACACUACAACCAGCAAACUGUACAGCUUAUUUUUUCCUGCAAAUGUCUUAUUAUAGGUUCGUCUAUUACUUUACUAUCUUAUAUGUCUACGUUUCAUGUACACCUUCCCUGCAAUAAUGAAACAGAGACCAACAUAAAGGAUCAAAAGCUCCUCGUGGACGCAAUCGCCAGAGAAACCACAGACUGGACCUGUAAAGUACAGGUAGUAGACAAGUUCCGGCCUCGCAAAAGCAGUGACUCAUCCGUGCAUUUCCAGAAAAUACUUGUGCAGGAUGAAAGUGAACAACAUGUUUCUCUAGUACUUUACGGUGAUGACAUUUUGAAGUACGAGAACCUGUUUGGCCUUUUCUAGACAUAUUUGGUGUCCUGUGCGAAAGUUAGAGAGCCCCGCAAUUACUCAAUAUGAGCCGGUACGUACGAAUGGGUGGCUGACAGCUACACAAUCGUCGAGGCGGUUACAAUGGAUUGGAGACACCCCUUCCUGUUUCAACAAAAUUGGAUACAGUCUCUUUCUCAGCUAUUGAGUAGCAACGUCCAGGUGUCAAAUUUUGUAAACAUCCAUCUUAAGUUCUGGCCUCUUUUCCCGUUAACUAAAUAGCCCCUAUUGAUGAAAUUAACUGUUAAGAUGCUAUUCUUAAUUAUUUCAUACUUUUUGGCAGUAGUAGUUAAUUGUAGCGCCAUCCAAUAUACAACUGACCAAAGCAAGCCCUUCUAA